ACUCCCCCCCUCUCUUUCUCUCUCUCUCACACACACACACACACACACACACACUGAGACUCAAUUACUGCCCAAUUCCCCCUUCUUCUUCUUCAUCAUCUCCCGCUACGCCGGGCUCGCGCAACAUCAACAACAACAAAAACAACAACAACAACAGCAAAAAAGGGAGAAAAAACAACACAAAAGCCCCUUCGAGAUCUAAAGUCAAACUAUUCUUCGGACGAGGUGGAUUUUAAAAAGAAAAAGAGGCUCAUCGUCGGCAGGCUGAGUGUCCGAACCCUGACGGUGGAAGAGCAGUGAUGUUACAGAGCUGAGGACACUCUCCACACAAUAUGGAGUCUGGAGAGCGACUGGCUUCGCCUUCCUCCACCCCGGUCUCCGUACACACCAGCUCAUCCUCAUCCUCAUCCUCAGUGUCCCCGGCCUCCAACGCCAAGAGCAGCCUGAACCACGGAGCCGCAGCCUCACUCGCCACCUGCGGUCCACUGUUUGGCGUGACGGGAAGCGAGCAGCCGUUCAGCGUGACCUCUGUGACCUCGGUGCCCAGUGCCUUUCCCGUGAUGGCGCAUCCCGCCUUCGGCCUGCUCUCUCCCGGCACGGCUCGGCCCGAGUUCGGCGGUCUCGGAGCUCUGGGGGUCACAGCCGCUCUGGCAGCGCAUCCUCAGCUCGGGGCUUUCACAGAGUGGUGGAGAGCAGCCGAAGCACAUGGGCGGAGUCAAGCGGCCUUCUUUCCCCCUUUCUUAGGCCUGCCCCCGUUGUUUGCCCCUCCCCUUCAGAACCAUGAGGCCACGCCCUACAUGUCUAAAACUUUGAGCAGAAGCAGCCAGGGACCUAAAGGUGUUAACGGAGCUCUGAACGGCAGCGUGGUCUCUCCAUCUACGACUAAAGGCAGUGCAUCCGUGUCUUCCUCACCCGCUUUCAACACCUCGGCCUCCAAGCCUCGAUCCCGCAAGACCUCGCAUUACAGCAACAGCACCGGAGAGCUGCAGGAGAAACCCCUGCAGAAACCCAAAGAGAAGGUAAACAUGAAACUGCGUAAGAAACAGACUGAGGGCUCCGGGGUGAGCGACAGUGAAUCAGGAUCGUCUUUGGACAGCGACAUCGAAGGAGUCAGCAGCAGCGACCUCGAUGACCUCGGCGAGGAGGACGACGACGAAGACGAUGACGACCAGAGCAAAGACAGCGAAGAGUCGGACUCUGAAAAGGAGGGACAGAAGAAAAAGAAGGCAAAGCUCUCGCCUGCAAACCUGCGACCGAGUAAGAAGGAACAUUCCAGAGUGGAGGAAGUGUGGGACCCUAGGGAGGGCAAUGCCCCUCCGGAUGCCCGCUCUUCGCACGUCUCUAAAUCCAGAGACAGACCCGCCCAGCCCACCAGCGUCAUCCAGUCCACCGGCCUCGCAGUUAACGCCAAACCACUGGCUCUGAUUGGCCAAUCGCAGCAUGACUCCUCCCCUCAGCAAAUCAGCUCCUCCUCUCCUCGACCCCUGCCCAUCUCCUCUCAUCAGCCACUCCCGCUUUCCCUCUGCUCCUCUCCCAAACCUCUGUCAGUCCCGUCACCACCCAAACCCCUCCCCAUUUCAUCUUCGCCCAAACCACCUCCCCUGAGCCCCUCCACCAGAGCACGGGGCUCCACCCACAAGUCUCAGGCCCCGCCUCUGGACUUUCUGAGCAGCAGGAAGCUUCUGGAGACCUCACUGUCCCAGAUUGCUGACUACAGACUGAAACAGUCUUUACUUGUGCACGACCAGGAGUUCCCACUCCAGCUCAAGAAGCAACAGAACCUUUACAAGACCUCAAAGACUUCCGGGGUCGUAUCCUCCUCCUCUUCAUCCUCCUCUUCUUCUGCCACUCUCCGUUCCAAGUCCACGUCGAGUCGUACCAAGCCUCCGGCCACUCAGGUGGUGGCCGCGACGCCCAGCCUCAUUCUCAGCCAGACUCUCCUGGGGCUAGGCCACGCCAACGGUAUCCUCCAGAGCUCCACGCAAGACACGCCGCUAGCCCUUACCACCAAACCUCAUACUGACCUGCCCGUCAACCUCAGCACAGGUGCCAGGAAAGACAUGUCCGUGCCCGCCCCUCUACCCACCCCGCUGCCUGCCCUAGUACCCGCUUCCGCCCUGCCGGCCCGACCUCGCGCCUCUCGCAAAAACAAGACGCCCAGAGCCCUAGAGGUCUGGAAGGACGUUUCCCAAAAGCACUUGGUUAAGUCCCUCGUGGAUCUGUUUCACCACGGAGGGGGAGAGCAGGAGACUUCGGGCAAGAAGGACUCAGACGAGUCGGGCGAGGAUGACGAUGAUGACGAGGACGACGAUGUCGAUGAUGAAGAUGAGGACGAAGAGGAUGAGGACGACAGUCUCUCAGAGUCAGACAGCAACUCAGACAGCGAGCUGAACGGCUCCAUGAGAAAGAACAGAGACACGACGGAGACGGAGACCGAUAGCGAGAGGACACCUUUGAAGCUUAGCAAAAACCUGUCCCUGCUCCCCUCGGCCUCCGGCAAUUACAGCCUGCCUGACUGCUCACCGCUCAACCUCCAGGUCAUUAAGCCCUCCAGCGUGGCCACGCACACCAUCGUGAGCGGCUCCGGUGCCUUGACCUAUCACAGCUCACCUUCCUCGUCGUAUUCCGUCGGCACGUCUCCAGGAUCUGGAAAGAGGAAGCGUGUGAUGAACGAGGAUGAUCUAAAGACUCCGUUAGAAAUGGGUUGGCGGCGAGAGACCAGGAUCAAAUCCGUCGGAGGUCGUCUCCAAGGAGACGUGGCGUACUACGCGCCCUGCGGCAAGCGUCUGCGGCAGUACCCCGACGUCAUGAAGUAUCUAUCCAGAUACGGAAUAACUGACAUCACACGCGAUAAUUUUAGCUUCAGUGCAAAAAUAAGGGUUGGUGACUUCUAUGAAGCCAGAGAAGGACCCCAGGGUCUGCAGUGGUGCCCGCUGAGCGAGGAUGAGGUCAUACCGCGCAUCAGAGCCAUGGAAGGCCGCAGGGGUCGGCCGCCCAACUCUGAGCGCCAGCAUGCAGGUGGAGACAGCGAGGGCUCCUCGGCCCGCCGUAGGAAGGGGCGUCCACCCAAUGUGGGCCACACAGAGUUCCCCAGUGCCUCUGAGGCUAAGCUGCUACGCAAACUGGAGGCUCAGGAAAUUGCACGGCAGGCUGCUCAGAUGAAGCUGAUGAGGAAACUGGAGAAGCAGGCACUCGCGCGAGCGGCUAAAGAAGCUCGCAAACAGCAAGCCAUCAUGGCAGCAGAGGAGAGGAGGAAACAGAAGGAGCAAAUCAAGAUCCUCAAACAGCAGGAAAAGAUAAAGCGCAUUCAGCAAAUCCGGAUGGAGAAGGAGCUCCGCGCGCAGCAGAUUCUCGAGGCAAAGCGGAAAAAGCGCGAGGAGGCCGCCAACGCCAAAAUCCUGGAGGCGGAAAAGCGUUUAAAGGAAAGAGAGAUGAGACGGCAGCAGGCUGUUAUACUAAAGCACCAGGAGUUGGAGAGGCAUAGACUAGAUAUGGUAUGGGAGAGGGAGAGGAGGAGGCAGCACGUAAUGCUGAUGAAGGCCGUGGAAGCUCGCAAAAAAGCUGAGGAGCGCGAACGCCUCAAGCAGGAGAAGCGAGACGAGAAGCGUCUCAACAAGGAGCGCAAGCUGGAGCUGCGUCGCCUCGAACUGGAAAUGCUGCGCGAGAUGAAGAAGCCCAACGAGGACAUGUGCUUAACCGAUCACAAGCCUCUGCCGAAGUUGUCUCGUAUCCCAGGCCUGGUGCUCCCGGGGCAGGUUUUCUCAGACUGCCUGAUGGUGGUGCAGUUCCUGCGCAGCUUUGGGAAGGUGUUGGGGAUGGAGCAGAAUGAGGUUCCCACGCUGGGCGUGCUGCAGGAGGGGCUACUCAACCUGGGCAACAGCAUGGGGCAGGUGCAGGACCUGCUGGUGCGAUUGCUCUCGUCAGCCGUGUGCGACCCGGGUUUGCCUCCGGGGUACAGGGCCAAGUCCAUCCUGGGUGAUCAUCUGACCAACAUAGGUCUGAACCGGGACAAUGUGUCGGAGGUUCUGCAGCAGUACAUGGAGGCCCACUGCGCUCAGACGGUCCUGGCCAACAUGGCCCUGAGCCUGAAGACCAAGGCCUUCCAAGCACAUACGCCUUCACAGAAAGCCUCGGUGCUCGCCUUCCUGGUCAACGAGCUGUCCUGCAGCAAGAGCGUGGUCAGUGAGAUUGAUAAGAGCCUGGACCAGAUGAACGUCCUGAGGAAAGACGAGUGCAUCGUGGAGGGAAAGCUCAAAAAGCUGAAGAACAUUCACGCAAAACGCACGGGGAAGCGUGAAGCCGUUGGAGGGGACGAGCCUCAGGCCACAGGCACGCCAAGCGCCGGACACAAGCGCAAGAGAAAGGCCGGGGACAGUGACGAGGACGAGGACGAUGACGAGGACAGCGACGAUGGCGUGGACGACGAGGACGAGGACGACGAAGAAGAGGUGAAGAAGGCGAGGAAGGUAGAGACGUGCGACGAGGAUGAAGGAGAUCAAGCCACGAGCAUAGAAGAGCUAGAGAAACAGAUAGACAAGUUAUCGAAGCAGCAGAAUCUGAUCAGACGGAAGCUGUUUGAGUCGUCUCACGCGUUACGCUCCAUGAGCUAUGGACAGGACCGCUACCGUCGUCGCUAUUGGGUUCUCCCACAGUGCGGAGGCGUCUUCGUCGAGGGAAUGGAGAGUGGAGAAGGUCCCGAGGAGCUGGAGAAGGAACGAGAGAGGCUCCGCAACUUCGAGCCAGUGCAGAUCAAGGAGGAACCACAGGAAGAAGAGGAGGAGGAAGAGGAGGAAAUGCAGGCAGAGGCAGAUGAGGCACAGCAGCAGCCCGAGGCCCAGGUGCCAGCUCAGGUGAAGCAAGAGGAUCAUGCUGAGAAGGAAGUUAAGCAGGAAGACGAGAAACCCUGUUUGCCACUGAAUGAGCUCCAGGAGAAGGACACUCAGCUCUUAGACUCGUGUCCUCUCAAGGAGCCCCCAAACCCACCUGGCGACCUCACAUCCCUUUGUGUGAGGACUCCGGACAGCAGUGUGGAACCGGUCACUACGGCGACCGCAUCGGCAUCAUCUCCGACUCAUUCUACCUCCAAGUCUACUGUACUGUGCAGCACUCCUGCAGACGUCGUACCUCUCGUUGCUCACUUUGGUGCUCCUCUGCCCCAGUUUGGGGUCCCUCUGUCCCUACAGCAUCAGCAACACCUCCUGGCAAACGAUCAGCUCCUGCGCGUUUUGACUGAGCGCAGCGGCCACUGGUUCAGCCUUCUGCCCCGUUCUCCCUGUGACGACUCCUCGCUCAUCCAUCCCACCACAACACCACCGCACUCCUCAGCCCAGACGAGCAACGUCCAGCCAAGGAGCCCCCCUGCCUCAUCCUGCUCUCCUCACCAACACCUCCAACCGCCGUCUGCCUCCAGCAGCCCUCCAAACGCUGCUCUUGACAGCCUGGGAAUCCUCACUGUCUCCCCUCUGCAGGUAAAACCCGGUGGUGCUCUGCUGCCUUUGCCCAUGUGUGGAUGGUCAGGUGGGGUAAUCAGCCCCAACUUGCCCAUGUGCAGCAGUCCUAUGCCUCUUUGUCCGCUCACUGAGGGCAGUGCCAGCCCCCUGCUUGCCCCCAGUGUCUCCACCAGCAAAAGUGGCUCUCCUGCACCCCCUGGGGACAAACCCCUCUCUGAGCCCUCACCUGCUGUCGAUCUGCCACGAAACCAUGACCAGCCACAGCCACAGCCCAUUCCAGAAGACAUGAUGAUGGGCUGGUGGAAGAUGACGGAGAUGGAGGAACUGCAGACCCUGAUGAAGGCACUCCACAGCAGAGGGAUCCGAGAGCGUGCGCUGCACAAACAGAUCCAGAAAUCCAUGGAGCUUAUCUCCCAGACGUGCAACAAAAACAAAGAGGUAGCAGUGAUGGAGGUGUCGGAGCUGGACGAGGGCCAGGUUUCUGUGGAGACGCUUCAGGAGUGGUGCGUGGAUGAGCAGGCAAUGGAGACGGACAUCGCCUUACUGCAGCAGGUGGAGGAGCUCGAACGUAGGGUCACUUCAGCCAGCCUGCAGGUCAAGGGCUGGAUGCAUCCGGAGCCCCAAUCGGAGAGGGAGGACCUGCUGUAUUACGAGCACAAACCCUUUUCCAAGGCCUGCCCCGGGGCGGAGUCACAGGAGGAGCGGAGCUCGGAGAAAGGCCUAAGACGGCAGCCCAGCAACCCGCUGGACAUCGCCGUGAUGCGCCUGGCCGAGCUGGAGCGCCACAUCGAGAGAAGGUACCUGCGGAGCCCCUUAGGGACAACCAUCCAGAUCAGGCUGGAUAAUGUGGGGACGGUCACUGUGCCCGCCCCCGCGCCAUCCACUAGCGCUGGAGGGGAAGGAAGUGAGGAGGAGAUCGCUCCGGGGAUGAAGGUGUGGAGGAAGGCUUUGAGCGAGGUGAGGAACUCGUCACAGCUGGCCAUGUGCCUGCAACAGCUGCAGAAGUCCAUCGCUUGGGAAAGAUCCAUCAUGAAAGUGUACUGCCAGAUCUGCCGUAAGGGGGAUAAUGAGGACUUACUGCUGCUGUGCGAUGGCUGUGAUAAGGGCUGUCACACCUACUGCCACAAGCCUAAGAUCAACGCCAUCCCUGAGGGAGACUGGUACUGCCCUGCCUGCAUCUCCAAGGCGAGCAACCAGUCGCCGAAGAACAAAAAGGCUCAGAGUCGAAUGCAGUCCGGCGGAGGGGGCAAGAAAUCCUCGGAGGCGGCCAAGAAGAACAAGAAGCAGCAGGAGGUGUGUGAGGAAGAGGAGGCAGGAGGAGGUGGCAGCAGCAGCACCAGCAUCAGCAGCCCAAAGAAAACAGCCACGACUUCCAGCCAGGCGAAAAAGAGCUCUCCGGCUCCUCCUGCUGCCAAACCAGAGAGUCCGGCCUGCGUGAAACGAGCCAAAACGGCCAGGGACAACAACCGCGACCUGGGCCUGUGCAGGGUUCUCUUGGCCGAACUGGAGCGCCAUCAGGACGCCUGGCCUUUCCUCACACCUGUCAACCUCAAGUCGGUCCCCGGGUACCGGAAAGUCAUCAAAAAGCCCAUGGACUUUUCCACCAUCCGCGAGAAGCUUGUCAGCAGCCAGUACCAGAACCUCGAGACGUUCAUCAUCGACGUCAACCUGGUGUUCGACAACUGCGAGAAGUUCAACGAGGACAACUCUGACAUCGGCCGCGCCGGUCACAACAUGAGGAAGUUCUUCGAGAAGAGGUGGACUGAGCUCCUGAAGCAGACUAACUGAUCCACUCAGAGCGCUUUUUUUUCUUUUUUGAAACCCUCAAAGUGGAGUUCGGAUCAGAACCUCCCGGAAUCAACAUAUUCCUCCCAGCAAAGCAAACACACACACACACACACACACACACACACAAACACAUAUACACACACACACACAACACCCCAAAGAGACACAGGACAGAGGGUGUCUUUGUGCAAUAUCAUUUCCUUGUAGAAAAGAGUAAUCGCACUGAAACCUUCAACCGUCAGAGUUGUAUCGAGGAAAAAAAACAACAAAAAAAAAAAAACCACUUUCCACUACCUGUAAAUAUCAUCGAUUUGUCUCUUCUGUUGUUUUUUUUUUUUUUUUACUUUAUCGUUAAUGUUAUAGUGAAUGUAUUUAAUUUUUUUAAAAUGAUUAUUUAUGACAAAAAAGGUCCAUUCUUCAUUUUCUAUGAAAAGGAAGAAACAGCGCAACUGCUUUAAAAAAAAAAAAAAAAAUGAAAAAAAAAUGAAAAAAAAAAAUGAAUGGAAUGUU